AACAAAGGAAAGGAAAACCAAGAGACCUGGGUUUUGCAAUAGCUUCUUUACAGACUGCACAAAGAGGGAAAGGGCAUAUGUUGUCAUUGAACAACUUCCUUUGGUACUCGACCCAUUGUAGUGUAUAACAUACCGUGUUGAGGAUCCUACUAUUCAGUCUUCAAAACUCAUUGACCCUCUCUCUCUCUCUCUCUCUCCAAUGCUAUUAUAGUUGCCGAUUGUAAAUCUGCUAACAUUCGGUGGAAUUGCUGCGAUUGUAUAUCUGCUAACAUUCUGUGGAAUUGCUGCUACAUUAGGCGAUUUCUCUUCCUAGGUUUACUCGAAGCAGUUCAUAGGCUGUUCUAUCAUAAGGGCUCCCUGUUGAUUCUCGGUAAAGUGAAAAAAGAAGCGAGUUAUCAUUUAUAAGGAAAUUUUAGAUUCUGUCUGUUCAAGAUGGAAUUAAGGUGAAAAAGUAACUGUAAGUCAAGGUCUCCACAUCCUGGUUGAGUUCUCAUCAUAGUGAAAAUAAAAAAUGAAUGAAGUGUCUGAUAGAGGUGUGUGCUUCCCUGUGGAUAUAAAUAUGAAAGGUGAUCAAACAAAGGAUGGCGAUUGUGUUGAAAAUAAUGAUCCUAGCUCAAGUGAAAUAAGCAUGCAGUCUAUGGUUGAAUUAUAUGUUGCCUCGGUAAAAGAAGGAGCUGAAUUAUUAAGUUGUGAUGUUAAUAUUAGUCUGAUGCAGAAAAAGGACAACAUUGGUGGUGCAAGUGAAAUUAACGAAGAUCCCAAGAGCAUAGAUACUAACCGGCAGAAGAAAAGACUGAAAACAACACAGCCAUCUGAUAUACCGACAAAUGAUUUAGAGAUUACCGAUGAGGAUACUUGUUUGGACUUGCCUAUUGAAAUUGAAUCGACGAAAGUGGAAUCUUUCUGCCAUCAAAGUACUAGUGAGAACUUGACAGCUGAAGACAGGAUCUCGGUGGAGAAUGUUUCUACUAGUAAGUUGUUGGAGCAAGAUUCAGAUUGUGUUUUGGGUUUUCAUGGUACCUUAUCGAAUAAUGACAACACUGAGAAGACGAAGGAAAAUGUGGUUGAAACUUUUGAUGCUGAUAAGCUCUCAACUAUGCAGCUGAAAUGUAGUGCUGGAUGUGCCAUAGUACGUGAGACAACCAAAAAUGAUAAAAUCUCUAUGCCAGUUUCUGGUGAUGCUCAUUUUAAUUAUGUUUCUCCACCUUUGAACGAAAUGGAGCCAGGUUUUUCUGAAUCUAGUGGUAGUAAAAUAACAAAUAAAAAUUCAUGUGAUGCUCAUAACUCAAAGAACCUCCUGGAAGAAGUCCAUUAUGGGGCCAGGAUUGUUCGUAAUUUUUAUCUCGGUAAAGCAGUGCUGGAAAAUGAAAAUAUUAGUAGUUUCCCAAGUAUCUCCUCUGGAGAGGCAUCAGGUGGGAGUACUUCAUUACACCCUGAAGAACAAUCUGUGAAAUAUGAUAAUGUCUCUUUGAAACAGUUGGAUGAUUUAGGAGCUGUUGGUUCUCUAAUUACACAUAAAUGCAUAACUGUGGCAGUCGAGAAAGCAGUUUCCAGCUGUACAGAGAAGAAGCUUCUUGUUCUUGAUGUGAAUGGCUUACUUGUUGAUAUUUCUCCUUAUGUACCUUACGAUUACGAUCCGGAUGAUAUAAUACUGAGGAAAGCAGGUGAAGAAAAGAACUACAAUGUUAAGUAUGCUAAUAAUUUCUUCCCAGCAAUUUUCUUGACGUCAUUUCUAAUUUCUGAUCAGUUUUUAAGAGGCCCUACUGUGACGAUUUUCUCAAAUUCUGCUUUGAGAGGUUUAAUACGAAAUAUGGAGCCAAUUCUUGAUUUUCUUUUAGGGAAUGAUAAGAGCAGGUUGCUGUUUUUUUGGGAUCAAUCACAUUGUACUGAUACGGGUUUUACCACUGUCGAAAAGAGGAACAGGCCUCUUCUGUUGAAGAAACUUAAGAAAUUGUGGGAUAAGUGUGAGCCUGAUCUUCCAUGGGAGAGGGGUGUAUAUAAUGAAUCAAAUACACUUUUGUUAGAUGAUACUCCUUCUAAGUCCUUAACCAACCCUCGGUAUAAUGCAGUCUUUCCCCACACGUACCGGUUCAGAAACGUUCGAGACAAUUCCUUAGGGCCUGGAGGCGAUCUCCGUGUUUACUUGGAAGGGUUAGCCAUGGUUGAGAAUGUUCAAGAGUAUGUAAAGCAAAACCCCUUUGGGCAGAGAGCUAUAACAGAAAAGAAUCUGUCUUGGGGUUUCUACCUUAACGUUAUUGAAGCCAGCUCCACACCCCCACGCCAAAGCGAACAGGAUGCUUCUUGAAAAAUGAGUGGCGCUUUCUGUUCUUGUCGUGUUAUCCCUCAGAAAACCUAUUUUGUCUUAAACAGACAGGAGUUUUGCUUUUUUUUUUUUCUUUUCUUUUUCCUUCCCAUCUGCAUUCACGUUCCAUGCUAGAUAUAAUCUUUUGUUUCUGAAUGUUGUUGAGCUUUUAAUUUAUUUCUGGCAAAUGGGUCUUUUACAUCGUAUCAUAAUUAUUACUCGUUUUUACAUAUAGAAGUCAAAGAAAGUGAUUUCAAACAAAGUAUUUAAGCCUCUCAACAAUGGCUUUGAGAAGUCUAUGUUUUAGUUCUGCAGUUCUAAGUUCAUUUUGUUGCAAAAAGUGUGAUGUCUGCUGCUGAAUAGGUAAGCCCUAGUUUGAUCUCUGCAUUCGGAUAUUAUGUCGUGCAGUUGGACAAUAUGGUUUUACUUAUUGAGUGGAAGCUCCUUGUGAGUUGUGAUGCAUAUAUUUUGCUGGAAAU